UGGAGCGUGACUGCGUGCGCUGUAAUAGGAAGUUCCUCUGCAAAACUUUUUGGAAACAAUCCUGUCCCACCAGUUCCAAAUAAACAACGACACCAUAACCUUCAGUCUUUAAAUGGGAGAGCUGCUCCGAGAGUGAAGAAGAGCUGCAUCAGCUGUCAUGGAUGCACAAACAGGAACUGAAGGACUCGCUGUUUGAUAUGUACAAAGCUAAUCCUAAAGUCAAUGAAGAACUGAAACAAAGGCUGCCAUCCCCUGUAAAGCACCAUUGUUCAGAGACCACACCACAACUUGGAUCCUCUGAACGAGAAUCUACAGCUGUAUCCCAAUGUCAGAGUUUGUCAAAAGCCCUGGAGGAAAAACUCAUACAAGUACCUAAGAGUCCCAGGCUCGGAGAAGGUUUGAUGGUUAGACCCCCUCCACCCCCGCCUGCACCAGGCCAAGCUCUUGCUGAAGUGAGAACAAUGGAGGAGGAGAGACAGCCCCUACAGAGACCCUCAGCACAGCAAGAACAGGAUAGAAAAGAGACGGACAGCAGUCCUAUCCAUACACCUCACAUCAUCAGGGCAGCUUCUGCUACUCUCAGGCUUGCUCACGAAGGCCAAGGAAAUUCCAUAGUUACCAAUGAGUCCAAAAAGCAGAUCCCAGUUCUGGAUAAAGAGAAGAACAUCGCAUUCCUUUUAAAGGAGCUGGAUUCCCUUAGAGCCCUUUAUAAGAAGCUCCAGGACAAGUUGGCACUGAAGGAGAAGGAGGUGGAAACCAAACUUCUGGACAGCCAGCUACAGGAGGCUGAGCUAGAGGCACGAGCCAGUGAGAGAGCUGCAGCGUUAGUGGAGGAGAUCUAUAAGGCUCAGAGGGACAGAGACCAGGCUGUGAUGGCCAGACUGCGUUUGGCAAACGAGGAGAGGGAUGAAGCUUUACUUCGGGCCAAGAAGAUUCAGGAGGCAACACUGGAGCUGGAUAAUAUUAAACCUGAAGAAAGUGAUGUGGACCUGGAGGAGUUGUUGAACAGGGUUAACAGCGCAGACUCUGCCCUUGCCAUAGAGCAGAGCGGGGCGGCCAUCGUCGAACAAAUUCAGAGGGCCAGAGAGCGCCGCUCCCAGAUCACCUCAGAGGAGAUGAAAGCUGUUAUAGAGGAGAGAGACACCGCUUUAACCAGAUGCAAACGCUUGGAACAAGAGCUGCUGCAUGCAAAAGAGCCAAGCCAUAAUUCUGCAAACAACACCCGCCACCUGGCCGCCCAAAACAAUCGGGAUCGAGCAAGCAAGCUUGAGGAAGAGCUUCAGGAAACUCAGAGGGAAAGAGAUAGAGCCCUGGAACUCAGUCGCAAACUGGAAGAGGAGCUGCAAACCUUACGCAGCGUGAUGCAUAUUCAGGCUGAUGAAACCAGUCAGGACAGUCCGGACUCCUCAAACCAGAACCGGACCCAGAUUCAGCCCCUGCUGUUCCGUCUGCAGCAGCUGACAUCAGAACAUCAAAGCGCUCAGACCCAACUCUGCCAGGCCCAGGAGAGAGAGAGGGAAGCCAAUGAAAAAGUUCAGAGGUUGGAGAGAUUGGUGGAGGUGUUACGUAAAAAAGUGGGCACUGGCGGUGUCCGAAAAGUGAUCUGAUGGACCAAUUGGCCGUCGGGCGACCCUAGCAGGCGGCCACAUCUGGUGACCAGGCUGCAGCGUUUAACUCUGAGCAAACAGCCGAAGCCUGGCCUGGGCAAACAACGGCUGGAAGUGGCAUUCUUUUCUUCCAACCCAAGCUCAGAAACUGCAUCGUAAAUGUUUAACCACAUUCGCUUUGCAGUCACAAAUGAAACUGCUGCCAGUGUUACCCUUUCACACUCUAUCCUCUACUCCGAAUUUUUUCCUCUCUGUCAAUUUUUAUCAACUCCUUGUUAUGAUGUUAAGUCUGUUUAAAUGAGGGAAAUUGGAUUGGACAAUUACUUGGUCAGGUACUAGCCUUUUGUGGACCAAGCUGAGCAUUUGUUUUAUUUUUUUUGGUACAAAAUCGUGUACAGACAAACUGAACUAUAUAUAUAUUGCGUUCAUGUUUUUGAUCAAAUUGAUAAAGGGAGUUAAAUAAAAGGACAAUUAAUCAGUCAACCAAAAGCAAAUCAGUAUUUAUGAUGUUGCAUGAAAUCUUGCUCAGUACAUGCUCUUAAGUGUUAUUUAAUAAAAUGAGUGUUUUUUUCAUUCUGUAUUAGUUUUCUGAUCUAAUAUUGUCAGCACAAUUUAGUCAGUUCUUUUCAAAAUCAUCAAAUCAAAAAUAUUACAUCCACUCACUUUUAAAUAUUUAAAAUGAGCUAAAAUGUUUUGUUUGUUUCAUUGUUCACACUGAAUUAUUGUGAUAUCUUGGUUGACCCAAAUGACCCAAAAUAUGAAGCAACCUUUUAAAUUCUGCCAAAUGAUAACCGUUUAAAUGACAGCCUGUUGAAGAUUUUAUUCUCUGGUUGGUGUCAUUUGGAACAGGGCUUUUGAAAUGUGAAAAAUGGUCUUAAAACAUGUGUUUUAUAUUAAUUUAGCAACAUUCAAAUUGCAUGCAUGUCUAGCCUAUUUUACCCUCAAAGACCCAGCAGAGCAGAAUUGCAAUUUUUUUUAAAGCAAUUAAACAAUUCCCUUUUUUAUUAUUAUUCAAAUCAGAUUAUAAAUACACCGUAGUUGAAUCUCUGAACUGUACCAAAAUGUUUUGAUGAGAAAUAUUGCAUAUUAAAUGUCACAACUUGCUCAAGUCAUUCAAA